CCACACCCGGAAGUAGGAAACCCAUGCAGCUUGUUUGAAAUCCGUUGCUUUUGCAAAUGAGAGCAACCACUGCAAACUAGAAAUGCAUGCAUGCAAUUUGGAAAGCUAACCUCUGCUUCCCAGCCUUUGCAGGUCUUCCAGUGCAACUCUGCUGUCUCUGAAUCGAAUCCCGUUCCAUCCUUUUUCCCUUUCCGCACCAAUAACGGUUUAUGGAAUUCUUUUCUUUACAUCAUCUUCUUGGAUAAAUCCGCGCCACCGUCUCCAGGCCACGUUUCAAGAUGGCAUCCUUAAUUUGUUCGGAGAUGGUGAGCAGAGUCAGCUCUAUCCUCAAUCGAGACGCAAAACAGUUCGGGAAGAGCUUCAUGUUUGACGGCAAGGAGGAAACCUGUUGGAACUCAGACCAGGGCUCUGUCCAAUGGUUGACGUUGGCCUUUCCGCAAACUGUCCAAGUCUCCGAAAUCAUCAUCCAGUUCCAAGGAGGAUUUGCCAGCCAGAAAUGUACCCUGAAAGGUUUCCGAAAUGGAGAAGAGCUUCCAGAGACGGCAGAGUUUUAUCCCGAAGAUACCAACUCUCUCCAAACUUUCCCUAUGAAGGAAAUGCAGCUAGAAAAACUCAAAAUCACCUUUGAAAACAGCACGGAUUUCUUCGGCCGGAUCAUUGUCUACCGCCUCGACGUUUUAGGGGAGAAACUUUGAUGUUUUUUUUUCUCAAUACAUU